GAGAGACAGACACAUAUAGACACAGAUAAAGAGUGUGUGAUGCUCUUAGUCUCAUGUGGAAUAAUCAAGGAAGCAGCUCAGAAAAGGGACACAGAAACUCCUGAAGUGCUUUAUUUUUGGACGACUACCUCCUUAAUUUGACUUUUCACCCCCCCUCCGUUUAGCAGAUCCCAACCUUUUUGGUUUUCUUUGAACUUCUUCUUUCUAAUUUCUGUCUUCUGUCUCAAUCCCACCUUCUCCUUCAGUAGUCUGCAUCCUUGCCCCACCUGCUGUGUCCACACUUUUCUACUUCUUCCGGAGUGGUGGCGGCUGUUGGCUCUGUGCUGGCUCAAGAUGGCUGAAUAGGUGGUAAAAAGGUGGGGGGGGGCUUGCUCUGGUGGUUUUGCUGCUGGGAGUUUGCGAAGUUGCAGCCAGGACCAGGACAAGCAGGAGGAGGAGGUGGUGGAGGAGGAUGGCGGUGGCUCUGGACGAAGUGUGGGGGCGGGUGAAGAAUGUCUGCAAGCAGAAUGGACUACUCAUCCUGUCUGUGCUGGCCGUUGUCAUUGGCUGCCUGCUGGGCUUCUUCCUUAGAGGCAAGCAGCUCUCUGAGCAGGAGGUGAAGUACUUCCAGUUUCCCGGAGAGCUGCUGAUGAGGAUGUUGAAAAUGUUAAUUUUGCCCCUUGUCGUAUCCAGUUUGAUGUCAGGUCUGGCUGCCUUGGACGCCAAGUGUUCCAGCCGCCUGGGCAUCAUGACCAUCUCCUACUACCUUUGGACCACCUUUGUUGCCGUGGUAGUGGGCAUUCUCAUGGUAUACAUCAUCCACCCGGGUGGAGCCGCUCAAAAGGAGGACUCUGACGAGAGCAAGAAGCCAAUGACCAGCUCAGCUGAUGCUCUGCUGGAUCUCAUCCGCAACAUGUUUCCAGCCAACCUGGUUCAAGCCACUUUUCAACAGUAUCGAACCCAGAGAGUCCCCGAGCUCAUCCCUAAACCAACGGUGGCUCAGCUCCUGGAUGAGACCACUACGCGCAGGAUCUACAUCUACGGCAUCCAGGAUGACAACGGCACAGAUGUCCAGAGUUUCUCCCUGGAUCUUACGCCGCCACCAGAUGUCAUCAUGAAAACAUCCCCUGGUACCAGCGAAGGCAUGAAUGUGCUAGGGAUUGUAAUUUUUUCCGCUACCAUGGGAAUAAUGUUAGGAAGAAUGGGACCAAAUGGAAGCGCUUUGGUCAACUUCUGCCAAAGUGUGAAUGAGGCAGUUUUGAAGAUUGUUGCCAUUGUCAUCUGGUAUUUCCCCUUUGGGAUUGUGUUUCUGGUUGCCGGUAAGAUCUUGGAGAUGGACGACCCUUCAGCCAUGGGGAAGAAGCUGGGUUUUUAUGCCAUUACGGUAGUGAUGGGCUUGGUGCUACAUGGCCUAUUCAUCCUCCCGGCCAUGUACUUUUUCAUCACUAAGAAGAGCCCUAUCGUUUACAUCAGAGGCAUUCUGCAGGCCCUCCUCAUCUCCUUGGCCACCUCCUCCAGAAAUGUGCUGUGCAAGAAUGGAAAGCUUGACAGACUGGAAAACAGCCUCAUCGUCCUUUUCCAGUUCAGAAAGAUCACAUACUUCUUUGAUGAGUACUUGUUCCUGUACGUUAUAGAAAUAUAUGCACUUUGUUCUUCUGUCCUUUCUCUCAGCAUCACUGCAACUGCAGCCAGUAUCGGUGCAGCAGGAAUCCCACAGGCUGGACUCGUAACCAUGGUGAUCGUGCUGACCUCUGUGGGUCUGCCCACCGAUGACAUCACUCUCAUCAUUGCUGUUGAUUGGGCUUUGGAUCGAUUCAGGACCAUGGUCAAUGUGAUGGGUGAUGCACUGGCCACAGGCAUUAUGGCUCAUAUCUGCCGAAAAGAUUUUGUCAAAGAAGGGGAGCAGGUGCCUCUGAUCUGUGAAACUAAGCCCAUGAUAAGCAUCCAGCAGAUGAUGACCUACCAGAACCAGAAGAACGGCUGCUACCAGCCACCUCCACCAGGCAGCAAGCAGGGCCAACUCUCCCCGGACGUGGCUCGCCUGAUGCAGCUGGAGGAGGGUAUCCGGCCGCUAGAGAGGAAGAAACACGCUCAUUCCUCUCACCACAAGAGGGAGCACAGGGACAAGGACCACUGUUCCGUUGAUAUGAAUGGGCUGGAGACUAAUGUAUAGAAGCAACUGUCCUGCUAACGGCUACUGGCACGUCUACAGCUGCAGGAGAGGAGGACAAAUUAAAGAUUGAGGUGACUAUGUUCACACGCUUUUUCCCUUUCAGAAGGAGAGCAGCCCAGGGUGGAUGAAUGUAGAUGAACCUGGGGGAAAAAACAAGACAAUUUUUCUUUUUCUACACAACAUAAAUAAUGACCUGCAUUUGAUUGUGUAUGUUUGUGUGUGUGUGUACAUAUUUAUCAGAGAUGUAUUAUAUGGUACAAGCAGUUACAGUGUGCUGCUCUAGCUGACAGAGAGUUGAUGCCCCCAGAUCUGUGAAUCAACCCAUCUCAAAAGGAACAGAAAUAGUUAAAAAAUAGCAGACAGAAAUAAAGGAACCUAUCCCUUUGUGGACUGUGGGGGGGGGGGGGGGGGGGGGGGGGGGGGGGGAACAGAAAAAAUCUCUUUUUAUUCAUUGUGAUCUGGUUUGGUAUGUUAUGUAUUCAUAAUAUUGGUUGGGCAUUUUGUACAUUUCUUUUUUUGUCAUUCUGUUCUGUAUAAUGAAGCUAAAUAUGUUGCCUGAGCAUUCUUCCAAUAAAUUCACUGACUCAGUAACAUGCACAACAAAGAGACAAAGAAACCUUUACUUCAACACAUGCAACAGUUUGGUUCACAGUUAGGAAAAAAACGUGUAAACUAUGUUAAAAAAUCAAAAGGGAUCAUAUACAAUUCCCCAAAUGUUCUCAGCUACACCUUCCCCUACACUUCUCUGCCUUGUUGUCCUGAGUGCAAGUGAGUGUGCGCCUCAAACCUGCAGUACUGUACGUUAUUGCCACAAUCGAGACAAAAAGAUGAUGAGGGUCACAAUGAAAACAAAGAUGAGGGUUUGCCCUUGUGUUGGAGUCAUGUUAAGUUUUCUUUGCAUCCUGUUGUAUUUCCUUUUUGCCUUAAACGACCAAAGGAGAAGCAUGCAGGACCACUGCGCUACUGACGUACGUACAACACAAGUUGACGAUCACAGGUCAAACUCGGAACUCUUUCCAUAUCUAUGUGACAUAUGCUGUACAUGUGCAUGUAUUUCAAACGUUUA